UUUGAUAAGCUUUUUCAUCUGGCUUUGCUCUUCUGUAGUGCAAUCACCAGCGUGUCCAGGUGCACUGGCAUGAAAGGCAGCAUGUAAGCAUAUUUUUGCAGGACAGAGACAUUCAAUUUAGUUAAAAGGCUCUGCCAAGUGCAGUGCCUUUAAGAAGAGAGAACUGUGAGUCCCACUCGUCCCAGAUACUCGGGGAGAACUCCAGACAGGGAGAUCGGCCAGUAGACUUGCUUGUGUCUGAACCUUGUGAGAAGGAUAAUUAUGGAAUGCCGCAGGAAGCUGCACGGAGGAUCAUUUCCACCCCUUCCCAGCGCGGUCUCAAGGAGGAAGCUACAAGAAGUUUCCUCCCAGCUGAAACACAGGGGGAACAGAGGCAGGAUGGGUGCCUGGCUUGUGGGGGGCGCACCAGCAGCCCCAGGUCAGCCCCAUGGGCGCACGCAGUUGCCUGUUUCUUGCUUCCUAAGGUGGCCACGUCCCCGGCUGCCCCAUCCCUGCCAGCAGCAGGGUCAUGAGUGGGGCGUCCCGUGCUGGGUGCUUCUGGCACAUGGCAACUGUGGGCAAACCAGGCGCCCAGCCAUACCACCAGCUAUUUUCAGGCUAAUUGCUGUCCCUACAAAAACACCCCCAGCCUGGAGCAUGCAGGACUUUGGACGUUCACCACGACUUCUUUCUUUGGACAAAAGCAAGGCAACGGGCAGUGCCACAACGUGCUGGAGCCGUGCAGCAUCCCUGCUCCGCGCCCACAGGGACAUGCACAGCCCCGGGCUGCCUCCGGAGCCCCCCUGCAGCCGGCUGCCCCCGGAGCCCGGUCCCCCCUUGCAGGCGUCCCGGAGGCCCGGCACUGCUCGCCACCGGCCGUGUUGCCAUGGAGAAGAUUUCUGUGCCACCAGCAACACAAAGGAAAUUGCGCUUUCCCUGGGAUGCAGCGCUAAUGAGGAGGAGAAGAGUGGGGAAAGGGCUGGCUCGCUUCCUUUCUUUCACUCUUUAUUUCUUGCAGGAGGAAACAAUAAAAAAAAAAAAAAAAAAAAAAAAAAAAAGACAAACAAGAAAGCAACGUGGGGUGGGAGGGGCUCAGCCUCUCCCCUGCCAAAUGACGGAGCCGUUAGCAGCAGAGCGGGAUUUGUCUGUGUGCUCCUUCCCGUGCAACGAGGCCCCGCUGGGCGAUGGCAGCAAAGCAGUGCACUUGCUGCGAGAGCCAAAGCAACAGUGAACCCUGGUUCAGGCUGGACACGGGGGAAGAGCUCGCACCGGGUGGCGGAGGAGGACGAGCUGGGGCAGCGGCUGGAGCAUGAAACGCUCCCAGGGUGCUCGAGCUGUGGAGCUGAGCCCUGCUGGGCAGGAUGCGACCCAGGCAGAUGAUGCAUGCACCCUGGCCAAGGCAUCACCUGCAGUUCCCUGCUCCCACGCAACACCCACAGUGGGAAUUUGUUCCUGCAGACCAGAUACUGCAUUGCUGCCAAGCCCACGAGGAGGUGGAACAGGGAGGACACACGUGCUGGGCUAGGUGCUGCCCCUGGGGGCUCUCUCCCUGGGGCCAGCAGCUCUCACAGAUGCACGCAAGAGCAGAGGCAUG